AUAAACUCAGUUUUCCGCCGCUUGCAUCAUGGCUACCCCUAACUUUGGCCCUGCGGUCCAAGAUUUGCCACCCAAGGGCGGGUUCCGUCCGCUGCGCUUCGCCCGCGGCGUCCCCGAAGUCCGCGGACCUCCCGGCUGGGCCAUCUUUGCCGGAUGCUUCGCCGUGACCUCGUGGGGGUUCUACCUCGUCGGGCAACAGAACCAAGAGACCCGCGCGUUGCGCCGCGAAGUCCGCGAACGCCGCAUUGCGAUGCUGCCGUUCUUGCAAGCCGAAGAAGACAUUGAGUUUCUUCAGAAUGAAGCGUAUUACUUUGAGCAAGAGAAGGCGCGCAUGAAGAACGUGCCGGGGUGGAAGGUCGGCGAGUCUGUGUACCACUCCAAGAAGUGGCAAAUCCCAUUGUACGCCAAGUAAGACACAGGACUGUAUCGCAUGUGAAGUUAAAAUCAACCACUCCCUUCACGUUAACCGUCGUGUGCAAACAAUUCCGCCAACACGUCGUAAUUGAUAUUCUUCGACUUGCUC